CUCUCCGCCGCUGGAAGCUCAGUUGACCAGCGUCGCAACUGAGCGAUGCGCCUCCGGGAGAGCCUUCUACCUUUUUGCGGCACAUCAGACCUUCACAUCGCAGAUCCUCACACCUGAGCGGCGUUCACUUUCAUUUGUCUUCUUCCCUCGACAUUAAUUUCAGAACGUCAGAGUGAUUUUGAUUCAGAAAAACUAUUCCAGGACAAGGUUUUCCAUUGUGAAAACUGACCACUCGCAACAGGCGUUUUUCUUUUUGUUUUUCUUCUCCUGAACGACCCCCAGCGGGGGAUUUGAUUUAAUCAAACACACGUUUGUUUGAUUUGGGAAGCAGCCGGUGACAACUGACAACUCAAUCGGAGAUGGUGAAGGAAGCAGCGGACGGACAGGCUUGAUUGUGGUGAAUUGUGAGCUCAGGUUGCCACCGCUGAAGGCUCUCCAGCAUCCUCAGACCGACUACAGGGAGCACAGGAGGCUGACUGACGGUCCACACGCUGAGAAAAGGCAGGCAGCAGUAAGCAGCCACCAUGCUGUCUUUGGACGAGCCGCUGGACUUGAAGCUCCCGUCGGGACGAGCAGGCGGUCCGGUGAUAUUAGGAAAGAGGGCCUGUCCCUCUUCCAUCUGCGCCCCCCUCAGCGCCACGCGACCACGGCUCCAGUGCACGACCUUUCCAUCGCCUCCCUCCUCCCCAGAUUCACAGUCUUCCUCCCAAGAACGACCUGGGUCCUGCUUCAUCCCUCCGGCCAUGGACCUCAGCCUGUCCCCUUCCUCCCGCCACGCCUCCUCCCUCUCCCCAUCUCCCUCCUCCCCGUCCUCCCCCUCUCCCUCCUCACCCCUGGAGUCCCCUCACAACAGCAGCAGCCCUCAGCCACAUCUCUUCUCUCGGGAAGCAGCUCAUCACCGAGGUGUGGAAGCAGCUUCACCGCCGGGCUAUCCGUUCUAUUUCCCCAUUAGAAGCCCACCGAGGGGCUACAGCUUCCCCUCCUCCCUGUUCAUCGGUCAGAACAGAGAGAAGCCGGUUUCCCCAGAGCCCUCGCUGGAUGGUCAGCUGGCCUGCCGCUGGAUGAAGUGCCACCUGCUGUUCGACUCGCUGCAGGACCUGGUGGAUCACAUCAACGACUUCCACGUCAAGCCUGAAAAGGAUUCUGGGUACUGUUGCCAGUGGGAGGGAUGCGCUCGAAACGGGAGGGGCUUCAAUGCCAGAUAUAAAAUGCUGAUCCACAUCCGCACGCACACCAACGAGAAGCCGCACCAUUGUCCCACCUGCAACAAGAGCUUCUCACGUCUGGAGAACCUAAAGAUUCACACCCGCUCACACACAGGGGAGAAACCCUACAUCUGCCCAUAUGAAGGCUGCAGCAAACGCUACUCCAACUCCAGCGACCGCUUCAAGCACACUCGCACCCACUACGUGGACAAGCCUUACUACUGCAAGAUGGCAGGCUGCCUGAAGCGCUACACGGAUCCCAGCUCACUACGCAAGCACAUCAAAGCUCACGGUCACUUUGUGGCCCAGGAGCAGGGCGCUUCCAGCAGGCUGGGGCCGGGGCUGGGCGUUCCAGGGCACCAGAGUGCCUCUGAACUGCUCCCUGUAGGCGGGGCUCACGUCAUCAUCCCCGGGGCGGCUGCAGCUCUCCUCGGGGGUCUUGGGACCUCCUUGCCGCUCUCUGCUUUCUGCCAUGCCAGAGCCCUCGGCCACCACGGGGCGCCGCUCUUCUCCAUGGCUGGAGGAGGAGGAGGCGGCGGCUUGGGGCCACUCGGCCUUUCAGACUCCCCACUGCUACACUUUGGACUUUCAGCUGCGUCGAUGUUGGGGCUGGGAGCUCUGGGAGGUCUGGGGCGAGUGGCAGGGAAGGAGCCUGAGGACGAGGAAGAAGAGGAGGAAGGAGAGGAGGGGGAAGCUCUGAACCUGUCUGCAGGGGUGGGGCCCAGACGGAGUGACCCUUUGUCAUGGGUGGUUGUUCCCUCGAGGGCGUUGCUCCUUAAACCAGCUGUUGUCAGCUAGAAUGUGCACUCAGCAAUGCAUACAACCAGGGAGUGUGUCUCCAUGUUUUUCUGUGUCUGCAUACGUGUGUCUGGAUGUGAUAUACAUGCAUGAUUGUGGAGUGUGUGUGUGUGUGUGUGAGAGAGAGAAAGUACAAAAGUCACUGCCACCUUCAGAGCCAUAAAAAAAAAACAACAAAAAAAAACCGAUUCAGUCAUUCCAGCCCAACAACAACUGAAGGCCGACCGAGUGCAGGCGCCUUUGUGAUGACUGUACAAAACUUAAACAAGACCGUUGAGUACUGCGCUGCAAAACGUUAUCGUACCAUGCAUGUUUCAGCUAAACGAUCAGUUCAGCCAAAUCACAAAGUAAAAAACACCCCUAAUGGUAUCUAGCCAUGCAGAUCCAGGUUUACCUCCCCACAUUGACAUGACAAAAUUUUUUUUUGCAUAAUCUUCAAGCCUCAGAGGGAAGAUUUAAAAAAAAAAAAAAAAAUCUGAAACACACUACAGUAAGUUUGACAAAUGUAAUAUUUAGCAGGAUGAAAAAGGUGUUGAGUUGAUCUCUGACUGAAAUAUGUACAACUAGAAGAUGGAUUGCUGUUGAAUUCAGUCAGACAAUGUUCUUGAGGACCAACCAUGCUGACUUUGGUAAACCUCAAUCUGGUACCUACCCAAACAAGGCAACAUGGUUCCCAAGGAAACCUUAUACCGGUUAUAUGUCAAGGGCGUCGCUGGACUCUCAACACAGAGGAGAUAAAGCGUUCUCAAGGGGCGCUUUUGACAAACUGCGAGCAGGUAUUGCCUAUCCUGUCAUAAACACAAACACUGAGCCCAGCAAGACUAGACAAGCAAGACCACAACUUCUCCAACAAGCGUUUCUAAAGCACAAAAAAAAAGGAGAACAGGUCACCAGAUACAAUCAAACGUUGCAUUGUGUUUUCAAUCUUGCAUCAUCUGACGAACGCUUUACUGUCUCGGUGUCACGUCUCUUUAGAUCCAAAGUAGACAGCGUACAACACCACAGGCUGCGACACAAAACAGCUGCCAAGUCACCGUAGACUUGGAGUCAAAAGGCAGAUGAAUUUAACUUUUAGACUGAUUUCUUCAUAGCCAACAUUUAAGUUAAUAAAGGCUAGUUAUAAAUGUUUUACUCUCGAGAUGAUGCCUCUGCUGGACCUGCUAUGUAGCCCAUUUGUGUCCUCACAGGACAAUAUAAUCCAGGCAGGUUAACGAACUUUGUACAUACGACAGUCCAUCUUUGACAGCUCAAUGCUGCCUUGACUAUCAUCAUCAUAGAGUGUUGAACAAUGAGUCAGAUGAGGAGUGAGAGGAGCACAGGACACUCCAAUUUACCGCCUAGUUAGAUCUAAGAAACACAUCAUUUAACUUUACCACUAAACUUCACGACUUAGUUUCAUGGUAUUUGGUUUAUUAGUGGUCAUCUGUCCAUCAGUGUCUGUUGUCACAGUCCUGCCAAGAAGCAGCUCAUCAGGAGCCUAUAUUGAGUGUGGGUGCUGGGACCAUCACACCCCCCCAGUCACUCUGCUUACUGAGCUAGUUAGCAUCCUAAUGUUAGCAUUUAGCACAAAGCAGUGCCACAGCAGAGCCUCCAGCAUGGUGUUAGACCUAAAACUUACAUUCAACUCCAAUGAGGUACAAAACAACACGUCUGCAUGACUAGAUGCUGUGACUAAGUGAGGAAAUGUGUGGUUUGGCUAAACUGACUCUUGAACAUGCCUCAAGACGCCCAUAUUCUUUCCAAUCAUCUAAAUCUUGAUUUUACAAACAGUUUUAAGCAGACAAUCACCGUCUACCAAACACCGAACCAGGUCAGGUGUAGUGUUUAAGCUCGACAACCCCCGCUGACUGCUUCCACUGACCCGGAUUUGUUGAACGUUAAUAAAGACGGGGAGGAAGCAGGGUUAUGGGGAGCAACAGGAAACACAGUCCACACACAACACCGUCAUGUAACGUUAAAAAUAACACAUUGCAGAUUUCAUUAAGGUCAAUCGUUGUUACAUCUAUUUGCGUUUUUUCCCCUUCAGGAAAAGUUUUUGUUUGUGCAAUUAAAAUGUGAAAGUUCCAAAAAAUAUAUAUAAUUUGAAAAUUUGACAUCAUGUCCCAUAAAAUGAUGGAUGACAUAUUUAAAAAAGAAAAAAAAAGAGUGUUUUAAUUCAACUGUUUACAAAAUAUUUAUGUGUUUUAAGAGAUAAUUAUGUGGUUUUGAAAAAGAUUUUGCACAGAUGUCUGCUGAGAGAACGGUUGAAGGCGAUUUGGAAUCACAUCCUCCCUAAAGUCUGACUCACGGUCUCAUUGUGUAAAGAAAGUUUCUGUGGCUCUUACCAGGCAGAGCAAAUACUACAUGUGCUUCUGAGGUGAUCCCUCACCUGCUUUAUGUCCAAACCCACGGCAAACAACGUCUACGUAUGACGCUGGGAACAUUUACAACACUACGAUGUGUGACGAACAGUUCAAAUCCACACAGAGAACAUGUGUUUGACCAUGUGAUUUUUCAAGUCGCAAGAGGAAAGGUAUAAAAAAAAAACCCCAACUGUGUUGACGCAACUGAAUGUAGGUUUGAGGUUAACUCCUUUGCUUGCAGUUUGUCUUUGCUUAUUUCUUGCUCCAUUAAUCAUUCCAAGACAAUGGUCUCGACAGGAUCAGCCCUUUUCAAUACCUGAGGAAAACGUUCACAUAGGGAGAAGGCAGACAAAGGUGUGUAUUAGGCAACAAUGAGUACACAUUUGCUUCAGACGAAUGUUAAGACGUGAAAAAGGUACAGAAGAAGAAGCCAAAUAGUUAAAAAGCAGUCCUGAGCAUUUUUUUGAAGAGGAAGUGUUUGACAAUGGCCACAUGUGGCCAGUAUCCGUGUCGAUUUAUCUUGUAUUCAUGUUUGCACAUUGAUUUAUCCUAAUCUCAAAAGUGUCCAAGUGCCUUGUGUUUCAGCUGAACUAUAUCACACAGUAUAUGAAAAAAAAAAAAUAUUUACGCAGAUGUAAAGUGUAUAAAUGUACUUUUCAUUACAUUUUAAAAAAGAAUUUAACAACUUGACAACAGAUGUGAUUUGUACAUCAGGGCCUGUACUGCAGCACCUCCCGAGGACAACACCAGUGUUGAUGACUAUGACAAUGACUCUACGUCAAUAAACACGACCACAUGAAA